ACAAAGUAGUUCUGGAAGAGAGAGAGAGAGAGAGAGAGAGAGCUUUUUCCCAUUUCCCUUUCACUCUUUCACAACAAAAGGGUCUUUAGGAGAGGAGAGGGAGGGAGAGAGAUAGAUACAAUGGAGAAGAAGACGAAGCCGCACCAUUGUGGAGCUUCAAAAAAAUCAAACACUUUUGUUGUACAAUUGUAUCUUCUUCUUCUUCUACUCAUCACCCUCAACAUUUCCACCACCACCCAAGCCUUCAAUUACACAGAUGCCCUCACAAAGAGCCUCCUCUACUUCGAAUCACAGCGCUCCGGCCGCCUGCCCUACAACCAGAGGGUCACCUGGCGUGACCAUUCCGGCCUCACAGAUGGCCUAGAGCAAGGGGUGGACUUGGUAGGAGGGUAUUAUGAUGCAGGUGACCACGUCAAGUUUGGGCUGCCAAUGGCAUUUACAGUGACGAUGCUCUCUUGGAGUGUCAUUGAAUUCCGGCAACAAAUUGCCGCCGCCGGUGAGUUGGAGCAUGCAAUGGAAGCAAUCAAGUGGGGCACCGAUUACUUCAUCAAGGCUCACACCAGUCCCAAUGUGUUAUGGGCUGAGGUGGGUGAUGGCGACACUGAUCAUUACUGUUGGCAACGGCCGGAGGACAUGACAACAUCAAGGCAAGCCUACAAGAUUGACGAGACUCAUCCUGGUUCGGAUCUCGCCGGGGAGACUGCGGCGGCAAUGGCUGCAGCAGCCCUAGUGUUCAAGAAGACUAACCCACAUUAUGCCCACCUACUCCUACACCAUGCCCAACAGUUGUUUGAGUUUGGGGACAAGUAUAGGGACAAGUAUGAUGGCAGCUUGGGAGUAGUGAAGAGCUACUACGCGUCGGUGAGUGGGUUCAAGGACGAGUUGUUGUGGGCAGCUUUGUGGCUAUACAAGGCCACCGACAAUGAGAAGUAUUUGAAGUAUGUUAUUAGCAAGGCUCAUAGCUUUGGUGGCAUUGGCUGGGCAAUAACAGAGUUCAGUUGGGACGUUAAAUACGCUGGUCUUCAACUCGUUGCCUCUAAGUUGCUGAUUGAAGAAAAACACAAGCAACACUCUCACAUUCUAGAGCUAUACAGAUCAAAAGCAGAGCACUACAUCUGCUCAUGCCUAAACAAAAACAAUGACACCAAAAAUGUGGAGCGCACACCAGCAGGCCUGUUGUACAUAAGGCAAUGGAACAACAUGCAGUAUGUUUCAACAGCUGCUUUCCUCCUAACAGUGUACUCUGAUUUCCUCAAAAGCUCAAACCAGAAGCUCAGCUGCCAUGGAGGAAUGGUGGGCCAUGAGGAAGUUCUUGAUUUUGCAAAAUCACAGACUGAUUACAUUUUGGGCGCCAACCCAAUGAACAUGAGCUACUUGGUGGGGUAUGGUCCAAAAUACCCUCAAAGGGUGCACCACAGAGGAGCCUCUGUUGAGUCGUAUAGAGAGAAUAAGGGGUUCAUUGGGUGCACCCAAGGGUAUGACAAUUGGUAUGGCAGGGAUGAGCCCAACCCAAAUGUUCUGGUUGGGGCUUUGGUUGGAGGGCCUGAUUGUCAAGAUAAUUUUGUGGACCAAAGGGACAAUUAUAUGCAGACUGAGGCCUGUACAUAUAAUACAGCUCCAUUGGUUGGGGUUUUUGCUAAGUUUUCAGAGGUAGAGGUCCAAAAGAUGGAUCAAAAUAUGGGUUUGGUUGCUUCUUAUUAGAUAUACAAUAUGGUUUCGGGAAACAUUGUGCUGGGUUUAUUUGUUAUAAGCCCUUUUUUUGGCUUUGUAAUGGUGGCUGAACUGAGGUGUUCUAGCCCAUUUUGUACCCUUCAUUGU